AUGUCGCAGAUGACCCCCAUUUUAUUUCUCAAGACCCGAUCAACUCCCGGUGAUGCUUACGAAGAGCUAUUCGUGACCGAGGCCGAUGGAUUCACUUUCGAGCCAACCUUUGUUCCCGUUCUCGAGCAUCGGUUCGACGACGUGGGUAUGGCCAGAGUGCGGACUCUUCUCCAAACCAAGUCAAUAGGCACGAACCCGAGCUGCGACUAUGGUGGUCUUAUUUUUACAUCCCAACGGGCUGUCGAUGUCCUUGCCAAGCUAGUACAGGAUGAGCGGAGCUGCGACGGAGGGUGGCCCCAUCUCCAGGACGUCCCGGUUUACAGCGUUGGGCCAGCCACUACUCGCGCCCUGCGAGCGGUAACACAGGGACCGCCUUUACAAAUAUUUGGCGAGCACACAGGGAAUGGUGAAAGUCUUGCCCACUUCAUCCUUGGCCACUAUGGGGACUGGUACAAAGGCCGCCCCUCCUUACCGCCCCUCUUAUUUCUGGUCGGCGAGCAACGGCGAGACAUCAUCCCCCGGGUCUUAUCUGGGGCUGAAUUGCAUCCGAUGAAGAAGAUCCGGGUUGAGGAAGUUGUCGUCUAUGGAACUGGGGAGAUGCCAGCUUUCAGAGACGAAUUCGAGCAGCUUCUGCGGAAGACGGCCAAUCGAUCAGCGAGAUGGGUCGUAGUCUUCUCUCCCAGUGGGUGUGACAGCGUGCUGGGCGCGCUCGACAUGCUGGACGAGGCCAGCGGGAAAGCGAAGCCAAAACCGCCAGGCCGUAACACAUUUAUCGCGACUAUAGGGCCGACAACUUGUGAUUAUCUAAAGCGGAAAUUCCAUUUCGAUGCAGACGUCUGCUCCGAGCAUCCUAGUCCAGAAGGUGUUUGGCAGAGUAUCACCCACUUUAGCAAGCCCCUGUUGAGGUGA